AUGGACUGGCUGUCCCUGGAGGUGCCACCCUGGCCCGCCAUGUCCAGCUGUGGGACCUGGGCCAGCUCCUGUUUUCCUGCACUGGGUCCUGUUGGACCACAGAUCGUUCACAGAACCCUGGCAGCUAUGUUGGGUUCCCUUGCGGCGUUAGCAGCCCUGGCUGUGAUUGGUGACAGGCCUGGCCUGACCCACGUGGUGGAGUGGAUUGAUUUCGAGACCCUGGCUCUGCUGUUUGGAAUGAUGAUCUUAGUAGCCAUAUUUUCAGAAACUGGAUUUUUUGAUUACUGCGCUGUAAAGGCGUACCGACUGUCCUGGGGCCGGGUGUGGGCCAUGAUCAUCAUGCUGUGUCUCAUCGCCGCCGUGCUUUCUGCCUUCCUGGACAACGUCACCACUGCCCUCCUCUUCACUCCCGUGACCAUAAGAUUGUGUGAGGUGCUCAACCUUGAUCCAAGACAAGUCCUGAUUGCAGAAGUGAUCUUCACGAACAUUGGAGGGGCUGCUACCGCCAAUGGGGACCCGCCAGAUGUCAUUACUGUUUCCAACCAGGAGCUGAGGAAGAUGGGCCUGGACUUCGCCGGAUUCACAGCACACAUGUUCGCUGGGAUUUGCUUCGUUCUCUCGUCCUCCUUUCCGCUCCUCAGGCUCCUCUACUGGAACGAAAAGCUUUAUAACAAGGAGCCCAGUGAGAUUGUUGAACUGAAGCACGAGAUUCACGUCUGGCGCCUGACCGCACAGCGCAUCAGCCCCGCCAGCCGUGAGGAGACCGCGGUUCGAGGCUUGCUCCUGGAGAAGGUGCUGGCACUGGAGCGCUUGCUGGCCCGGAGGCUGCACAGCUUCCACAGACAGAUCUCACAGGAAGAUAAAAAUUGGGAGACCAACAUCCAGGAGCUACAAAAAAAGCACAGAAUAUCAGACAGGACUCUGCUCGCCAAAUGCCUGACGGUGUUGGGACUUGUUAUUUGCAUGUGCUUUCUGAACUCAUUUGUCCCUGGUGUUCAUCUCGAUCUCGGGUGGAUAGCUGUUCUGGGGGCCAUCUGGUUGCUAAUUUUAGCUGAUAUCCACGAUUUUGAGAUAAUUCUACACCGAGUAGAAUGGGCAACGCUUCUAUUCUUUGCAGCACUCUUCAUUCUGAUGGAGAUGCUCUUAGCCAUUCUGCUCCCCCUCAUCCUUACUCAGCAGAGCCUCACUCUACCCCUCCUCUCCACGACCACUCUCAACAACUUAAUCAGCCUCAACCAGAGUUGUAUUGCAGCUGGAUCUAGCCUCUGA